AUGUUUGCCCCACUGGGGCAGCAAUGGACCCUCAUGUGGGUUCAGUGGUGGGUUGGGUGGGUGGAAGGCAAGCAUCAUGAUAUGCUAAUGUGCUACCUGCUCAAUGAAUUACACUGUUAUGAAAAUGACCACAGCAAUGUGCUGCGACCAGUCUCACAUGAGGCUGAUGGUUCAUUUGCAGGUGAAGCU